GUUGAAGCACAUCAUUAUUGCAGCCACCUUAAUGACGACUUUCGCCAAUGUGUUAUCUAUGACUCUCAUGAAGCUGAUGCUAAGUUGAUCGGUGUUGAAUACAUCAUUUCAGCUAGACUUUUUCAAAGAAUUUUAGUCUGUCCUUUCGGAUCUUUGGUUCCUACGGCUGUCUCUGAUAAAGCAGAGGGAAAAGUGAUGGAAGACUUGAUCAACACGUAUGGCAAGACAUGGCAUUUUUGGCAAGUUGAUCGAGGUGAUCCUUUACCAUACGGUCCACCCCAACUCAUGAUGUCUUUCACUGGAGAUAAUCAACUUUCGCCAAAAGCCCUUAAAAAUCGUGAUGAGAGACUCAAUGUUUGUAGUGCGCAUAAACGUGAGGCACGAGCUAAGCUUCAAGAAACUUACAAAUGUGAUCCUUGUGCUGAUCAUUGGUCUCGUAGAGAUGAUGGUAUGGCAUAUCAAUGUGAUAUGAAACUUGUUGAACAUAAGAAAGUCGUUCAAG